AUGAACAUCAACCUUCGUGAAGUCAUCUGUACAUCCAGGGAUGGAGACAAGUUCUGGCGGAUGCCGGAGUGUUAUAUUCGAGGCAGCACCAUCAAGUACCUGCGAAUCCCGGACGAGAUCAUUGACAUGGUGAAGGAAGAGGUGGUGUCGAAAGGCCGAGGGCGCGGAGGGAUGCAGCAGAAGCAGCAACAGAAGGGGCGCGGUGUUGGUGGCACUGGACGGGGUAAGGGCUGGGAGGGUUCGGGUCCGAACAAGAUCCUCAUUGUCAGCCCCAGUAUCUAG